CUGCUGGGAUUACAGGUGUGUGUCAUCACACCCUGAUCCAUAUUUCCCUGUCAUUUCAAAAACAAAAAAUAUUAGGUAUGACCAUACCUCUGAAAUGAAUUAUCUCACUUACAGGAAUCUGAUCCGUGAAAACCUAGGUUCAUUAGGUACUACCAACAUGUGCUCUUCUGCCAGUUCCAAAAUCUUAUACAGGAACCCUCGAUUUCUCCGGUUAGCAUUUCUGCAGCUUCAUCAACAGCAGCAGAGUGGUGUGUUUUGUGAUGUCCUUCUGCAGGCAGAAGGUGAGGCAGUUCCAGCCCACUGCUGCAUUCUGUCAGCCUGCAGCCCCUUCUUCACAGAACGCCUGGAACGGGAAAGGCCAGCUCAGGGUCGGAAAGUGGUGCUGGAACUGGGGGGCCUGAAAAUCAGGACACUUAGAAAGUUGGUGGACUUCCUGUAUACCUCAGAGAUGGAAGUAUCCCGAGAAGAAGCCCAGGACGUUCUUUCUGCUGCACGGCAGCUCCGUGUGUCUGAGCUAGAAUCUCUUCAGUUAGAGGGUGGAAAGUUAGUGAAGACCCCUCAGGGCCGAAGACUGAACCGAGAGUGCUUACAACCACCAAGUGCUGCACCAAUCUCUGCCAGAGUGGUGGCACCCACACGCCGCCCACGAACUCCACUGCCUGUUACUCAGACUCCUUGUCCCCUUGGGGCAGUUAGGUUGAAGUCUUUGGGGAAAGAGGAAGGUCCCCAGGAAAAGGGCAACCGACCAAAUGCUGAGAACUUGUCAGGCACUCUUCUGCUCAAGAGGAAGGCUAGAGCCUGCCUGACUCCCCAAGAGAAAAGCUCUUCUCCUUCAAGCCACAGUCAGGGACUUAAGGAAAACAAGGAUGACUCUGUCCUUGGUCCUACAGCAGUUUCCCCACCCAGCUUGUACCCCACUGUGGAUGAGCGAUUGUUGCCCAGAAAGAUCAGGCUAAGUCGCUCAAAGCCAUCUCCUGAUGUCUGUACAUCAAAGCCUAGCAUUUUAAGUGGGUCCAGCACAGUGCCCACAGCCCCUGGCCGGCGUCUUUGGCGGCAGAGAAGUAUAAAUAAAGAAGCACCAGAGGACAAACAGAAGCCAGGAAGAGCUAGUCCUCUACAGAACACCCCAAGCCCAUCUGGUCUUGGGAAGGCAGGUGGGAGUAAGAAGCAGAGCCCUGAAGUCAGAGCACCCAACUCAGACUCUGCAGAGGAAGGGCAGAUUGGGAGAGUAAAACUUCGGAAGAUUGUAAACGGGACCUGCUGGGAGGUGGUACAGGAGCCUCCCCUCAAAAAUUCUCAAGAUAGCCCCCAGAUCCCAGAUCCCGGGAGAGUCUUAGAACCUCCAGGGGCUCAGCUAUCCUCAAUUAAUGAGCAGGAAAUGCCAUCUACUAGACUAGAACUCUGUCAGGACUCUCCAGUCUCUAGGCUACAAGACUUUCUGCUCUCUGCUAGCCACUCCCCAGGCCACUCUGUGGUGAAGUCAGAGUUUGGGUCUAGUCCAGAGCUGGUAGGGAAGGAACCCAUGAUGAAUAUUGACUGCAGAGAGCCAUAUGCAUUUGAUACAGCUCUGCUCAGGCAGCCCUGUGAAGCUGAGGAAUACCGAAUCACAAGUGCUGCAGCCACCAGUGAGCUGGAAGAGAUCCUUGACUUUAUGCUCUGUGGCUCAGACAUUGAGCCACCUGUUGGGUCUUUGGAGAGUCCUGAGGUUGAGGGCUGCAGAACCCCUAGUUAUCACCUGACAGAAACAGGAAAGAACUGGAUUGAAGGGGAAGAAUGGUGUUUACCAGACAUGGAACUCUGGCCCAGAGAGCUCACAGGAUUGGAAAAGGAACCUGUUAGUGAGAACAAAGAGCCAAUUGAGCCCUUUAGUCCCCUUGUCAUGCCUUCUGAGAACAAAGAGCCAAUUGAGCCCUUUAGUCCCCUUGUUAUGCCCUCUGAGGUGAAUGAAGGAGGAGUGCUUUCAGUGGGAGACUCUUGGACUCCACAUCUUGAAAUUACCAACUCCCAGCCACUGGAUGGUCAGGGAGACAAACUUCUCCAUAUUGACUCCCCUGACCCUCUCCAAAGAUCUUACAGGGACCUCUCUCCUCCAUGCUCAAACUGGGCAGAGACUGAGCUAGACGUGUCCCUAACCAUGGAUGAGGAAUUAUACCCUGCUCCAGAGGCCAGCAAGGAGGCAUUUGGUAACUCUGAGUUGCUAGGCCCACUUCCUGACAGCUCUGAAGAUGAGGAAAUUGAUGUGGUGGACUGGACAGCAGAAGGGAGGCUGGGGCCUGCUAGUGUUCCCUCUGUGUGGCCUGAUCCUUCCUCAGAGUCAGAAACAGAGGUAGACAUACUAACGUAGUAGAGAGGGGAGGUGAGGUUAGGGGCCCUGGGAGGGUGGAAAGUGUUGGCUAGUAAAAGGCUUAUUUAUUGGCAGAAACUAGCACAUGCCUUCUCCUCUUAGUGUAAGAGGUAGGUCUACCCUGACUCUUUGUAGGUUCCCUCCUCCCCUCCCCUCCCCAGGCCUUGGGGACCAGGCAGAAGUUUAGUAGUAUCAUAGGUAGAAAAUUAUGAACUUGAACUAUCUUAUUUCUUUGUAAUCUACUUUCCAGUUAGUGACAAGUGAAACAAUAAACUGUGUGGUCCCCAACUCUAGUGGGUCAUAGGUAACAGCCAAGAACCAGGUGUCUCAGUACACAAGGCACUGAGUCUGCAAAUUCAGGGAAAGCUCUGAGGUGGGGUUUUGUUUUACUUUGAGCCUCUCAAAAUUUAAAAAGGGUUGGAGUUAUUACUCAGUAGCAGAGC